GAGUAUAUGCUCCUGAGUGUUACAAGUUGACUAAUGUGCAUGAAUCCGUGGUUUGGUUUGUAUUACUGGGGAUGUGAACAUUGAGAACCGGGACUCGGUUGCUAAGGCUUCCCCCUCAUGUACAGACGCUCCCCGUUCCCCAUAUUUUAGAGCAAAGAAAGAGACUAGAAGUGGAGACUGCGGGAAGGUGUGUGACUCAGUGGUGCCCGUGACCGCGAGACCCGGUGAGGCUGCGGGUUCGUGCGUGAUUGCGGCAUGAUGGUGUGUGAUCCUCUCUGCAUCCGUGGGGCGUGCGGGACCCCAUGGUGGUGGCACGGUGGCACGCAAUGUGUGUGUGACUCUGUGGGACUUGUGAGUGUGGGUGAGGACGAGGAGCAGAGUCGUGUGUCCCUACCACCAUGGCACUGGGUGUGACCGUGUAAGGGUGACGGCAUGACGACAUGACACCCUGAGAGCGUGUGCCUUAUUGACAGUUGGGGAAGGUGUGCUGUCGGGGCGUGACUGUGGGCUCAGGCGACCGUGUGAACUGCGAGAGUGUGGAUGGGUAUGGUUGCGUGACCUUGUGUGUGGCCCCCCCGCAGGUGGUGGUGGGCCAAGGGUUACGUGACUGCGUGAGGGACUGCAUAUCGACGUGUGCAUGUCAUUGACGGUCAUUCUUCCAGCCUCUGCUUGAUGCCCAAGCUGGUGCUGAGUGAUGCUGGGGACCCAGGGGUGACCGCAGGCCAGUGGGGAGACGAGACCUAGUGACUGGGCGGCUGACACGGCAUCACGAGAACUGUGGGAAGCCGUGAUUGUGUUGCUCUGUGAGUGGAGUUGCCUGAAGUCCGGGCCCACGGCUGUGUCACUGUGGAUGACUGUGUGGGGAGUGUGACCACGGCUGGGUGCCACGGCUGGGUGGGAUGGGUGGGACCGUGUGAGAGCCUGUGACCCCGGCUCCGUGACUGCUCUUCCACGUGACCCUGGGUGACUCUGAUCCUUGCGCGCCACUGGCCGCCACCCCCCGCCGGGUCUCUGCCCCAGAGCUCCCCCUUCUGCUCCCUGGCCCCGCCCUCUCCCACCACCCCAGGCCGUCACCUCUUCCAGAGCUCAGGCGGAGGCUGUGGAGGCGACAGCCGCUGGAGUGAGUGAUCGAGAGCAGAUCUGGGGACAGGCCGGACUGCCCCUACUAGACCAGACCCUUCGCCCCCCAUGCCCCGCCGCCCUCACGAUGCCGAACCGUCCGCCUUGGCGGCUGCUACUGCUACUCUCGUGGUGGGGGCCGCUGCUCCGGAGGGCGGAGGCUCUGUCGGGCAGACGGCGGAGGAGCUGUACCAGCGCUGGGAACGGUACCGCAGAGAGUGCCAAGAGACACUGGAAGCCUUGGACCCCCCGGCAGGCCUCGCCUGUAACGCGUCCUUCGAUAUGUACGUCUGCUGGGACUACGCUGCCCCCAACGACACUGCCCGUGCGUCCUGCCCCUGGUACCUGCCCUGGCACCGUCAUGUGGCUACAGGCUUUGUCCUCCGCCAGUGUGGCAGUGAUGGCCAAUGGGGAUCUUGGAGAGAUCAUUCGCAGUGUGAGAACCCAGAAAAGAAUGGGGUCUUUCAGGAUCAAAAGCUGAUUUUGGAGCGGAUGCAGGUCAUGUACACCGUGGGCUACUCCCUGUCCCUGGCCACACUGCUGCUAGCCCUGCUCAUCUUAAGUUUCUUCAGGAGGCUGCGCUGCACUCGCAACUACAUCCACAUCAACCUGUUCACAUCUUCCAUGCUGCGGGCGGCGGCCAUCCUCACCCGAGACCGUUUGCUACCUCCACCUGGCCCCUACCCUGGGGACCAGGCCCCUGUCCUGUGGAACCUGGACCUAGCUGCCUGCCGCAUGGCCCAGAUCGUGACCCAGUACUGUGUGGGUGCCAACUACACUUGGCUGCUGGUGGAGGGUGUCUACCUACACAGUCUCUUGGUGCUUGUGGGAGGUUCCGAGGGGGGCCACUUCCGCUGCUACCUGCUUCUCGGCUGGGGGGCCCCCGCGUUUUUCGUCAUUCCCUGGGUGAUCGUCAGGUACCUGUACGAGAACACGCAGUGCUGGGAGCGGAAUGAUGUCAAGGCCAUUUGGUGGAUCAUACGCACCCCUAUCCUCAUGACCAUCUUGAUUAAUUUUCUCAUCUUUAUUCGCAUUCUUGGCAUCCUUGUGUCCAAGCUGAGGACGCGACAGCUGCGCUGCCCGGACUACCGCCUGAGGGCUUCCUGGUCAGCGUCCUGUAUUGCUUCAUCAACAAGGAGGUGCAGUCGGAGAUCCGUCGCUGCUGGCACCGCCGUCGCCUGCGCCACAGCCUCGGGGAAGAGCAGCGCCAGCCGCCCGAGCGCGCCUCCGGGACCCUGCCCUCGAGCUCAGGCCCCUGCCGGGUCGCCCCUGACCGCGGCCUGUCCUUGGGGACCCUCCCAGGGCCUGGGGACGAGGCCAGCCGGGUCUCGGAAAGUUACUGCUAGGCAGCGGGGAUCCUGUGUCCAUUCGAGAUCGCACGUAUUUAUUGAGAGCCUACUGUGUACCAGGCCCAGUGUGGAGGGCGCUGGAGAAACUGGGGUGCGGUGGGAGGGGGGAAACAAGGUCCCCGUUCUCCUAGAGUUCACAGUUCACAAUUGGGGGGGGGGCAGCAAAGACAGAACAUCACGUUAGACACACACUGUGGAAUGGCUAAUGAGGAAAAAUUAGAAGGGAGCCUAGGGUGGUCCAGGAGGGCAUCUCUGAGGAGGUGACACUUAAGCCCAUGCCUGCAAGGGGUGAAGGAGACCGCUUUGGGAAGAAGAUUCUAGGCAGAAGGAACAGCAUCUGCAAGGGCAGAAAAGCUUGGUGCUGCCUGAGGAAAAGACAGGAACAGACGGUGCCGUGUGAUGGAACAGAUUACUGGGGGGGCAGGAGAGGCAGCUGCGGAGGGGUGUGAAGUGGUCGGACUCUGGCGCUGCUCUUCUAAAGGUAGAACUGAGGAUUUGCCACCGUUUCGCACGAGGGAAGUGCAGCAAGAGAAGUCAAGGAAGACUCCUAGGUUUGGGAUGAUGGCAAGAGAGGGAGAUGGGGUUCAGGGUGGGGAGAGCCAGGAGUGCUCUUGGGACAUGUCAGGCUGGGGAAAAGGCCCUGGAGCUCACAGGAGAGGUGAGAGCUGGAAAGAGAAAUAUGGGGCAGCACUGCAGGGGGUGGGGGGGCAGAAAGGAGGACUUGGUGUGUAGACUAAACAGGAGCCAUUCAGGGCAGGACUCAGAGGAACUGGGAGAAUUGGGGAGAAGCUGACAGCCUGGAUCUGGACCACCUGUACACACACAAGACUCUCACUCCUAAAUCCAUCCCUGACUCAGAUCUACACUUAGAUUCAGUUAGUACCUGGGUGUUGUUUUCCUUAGGGUCCCCAGCCCCCUGGACAGAUGUGCCCCAUAGCCCCUGAGGAGAGUCCUUCAAGCAUGGGGUUGUGCUGGGCCCCCCUCAUGGGUUUGGGGGGGUGCUCUAAGGCACGGGCCUUGUAAAUCAAGCAUGUAUUUUUGUGUAUGGGAGGUGGGUGGGAGGACCAUCUUGGCCAGGCCAUCAGGAGAAAUGAGAGGUGGGCUGCCUGCCCGUGGUGGCCUUGCAAUCUCUUCAGCCAUGUGUUGCCACAAGAACACGGGACGCUAUGCCGCCACUGUCCCCCAUGCCUAAGAGAAACCCCUAUUGGGAUUGUUCAUGUGAUCUCCCGAUACUUAAC